AUGAAAACAUUAAAGCUGUGCAGGGAAUUUUACGAGACGCUCAUAGGUUCAAUACUGAGAGCUGGUGUGAAACUAACGGUGACGCCAGAUGGUACUUUUAUCGAUAAUCGCUCCAGCUUUAUCUGCGUUGGCGAUUUGACCGGUUCUGAAAUAAUCUGCUCCAAAUCCACCUACUUGCGACUGUUUUGCGAAGCGCGUCUCUACUUAACGAACAAGACACUUGAGGAAAUUAACAAUGAUGACGAUAGCUAUUAUAUUGCCACCGUGGGUCUUCUUUCGACAACUCCAGAAGAUCGUCACAACCUGAACUUGCAUGAACAGCUACUGUUACGACAUCUGAAACAGAUACCAGAAACCAAAUGGAGACUUCAUGAAGAGGAGAGUCGUUUUCUUCAACGCGAAUUACAUGUAGUGAAACUUCUUCUAACGUCAAAUCUAAAGCGGGUCAAUAAGUCUUCAUCCCUAUGGCUUCUUUUCAGAAAGCUGUACACAUUGUCACGAGAACUAAAUCCAGCUAUGAAGCUUGACUAUUGCGAUCUUUUUGUGAGAUCUGCCGCGAAUCAUUUUUCGAACUAUUACUGUUGGAACACAUUUCGAUGGAUGUACGAUGUGGAAAACGCUGAGAACAGGUCCUUAAUGUCAGAAAGCGUUUGGAAUUUUUGUUUCAGAAACCCCAAGGACAGUUCAGCCUGGUGGGCAUUAGGACAUACACUAUCAAGCGAUCACAGAGUCGAAAAGCACUCAAUUGGCCAUUUUAAUCAAUUGCGCGUGAGAUUCGGGUUUGAACCGCAUGUCAUUGAUGCAAGCCUAGGGCCGCACAGUGUGAAAUAUAUUUAUCAUGCACAAAAAGUACUGAAGUUCAUUGAAUUAGCAGAAGUGCGAGAGUGGCCGCCUUUUCUAUGCCUGGCGAAAUUGUUGCAAUAUAUGUCUCAUAGAGACCAGCGCCAGUUUUUAAAAAGUUGGCGAUCUGAUAUCGAAUUGUUUGAAAGCAAGCAUUUUAAAUUAGACGAUAAGUCAGUCAAUAUGGCUAUGUACGAGAUUGGCGAUGAUCUGCUACUUAGAAGAACAUUUGAGUCUCUCUUGCCCCGAAAAAAGCUAAUAGAAUAUAGAGGUCGUGUGGACGCUCGCGAACGUCAUUGA